AUGGAUAGUGACAAGAUCGAUGAGGCUGAGAUUGGUUAUGUACAUGAAGUCUCGUUGGUAGAACAUGCUGUAGAGAAGGAUGAGGAUCAGGGCUAUAUAAAAAAGAUGGAAUCUAUGAUAGAGAAGGAUGUUCUCUACAAAGAGCUGAAUGGAAAAAUAGAAACCUUAGAUGCCCAUGUCAUGAUGCUAGAUGCCCAAGUUUCUCAGACUGCAAAAGCUGUGAAGAAGCAAGAAGCUUUGGUCAAAGGGAAAGCUGUGGAAAGUGAGAGGCACCAGGUUAAUGCCAUCUCAGUUGAUGACUUUGGGGAAGUGCUCGAGCAGGGAAAGCCGGAAGAAGAUGCUUUCCUAGUCGAAAGCUGCAUGUUCAUAGGCAGCUCGAGAGAAGUUAACAAAGAGGAACUUGAAGGAUUUCACAAGAGGGUGAAGAGGGUUCCUAAGGAUAUGUAUUUCGAGGAUGCAUAUCAUAAGUAUAGACUUGGCAAUUUUUUCGGAGAGAGCGGAGAGACUGAUAAGGAUAUUGAGCUCCUAUUCAACAAGGUCAGCCGUAAACCCAAGAGGACAUUGAAGAAGGAACAAGAUCCUGGAAAGUUCCUGAUUCCAUGCUCUAUACAUAGCCACCAUUUACGAAACGCCCUAUGUGAUACUGGAUCUGCAGUCAGCAUCAUGGCCAUAGACACUGCUGAGCCAUUACGACUAAAGAUGGAACCUUCUAAAGAUAGUUUCACUUUUGUGGAUAGCUCCCGAGUAAACUCAGCAGGCAUGAUCAAGAAUGUUAAGGUGGAGAUAGGGGAAUGCAUUAUCCCUGUGGACUUUCAUGCUAUGGAUAUCAAAUCAGGAAAGACAUCUCCACUCCUUUUUGGAAGAGCCUUCAUGGCUACAGUAGGGGCAGGUUUGUUUACUGAUUUCUACAACAGGGUAGCUUUUAACACUAGGAUCUAG